CUUCGAUAAAGGUCGGGAAAAGGAACUACGUCAUCAACGCGCGACUUCAACCGCAGCCGCGGGAAUUCGUCUGAAAAAAAACAACAGCGAUAGACAGUGUGAGGACAUGACGCAGAGGAAGAGACAGUCCACAGCAAGACAACAUGAUGUCACAUCGACUCAGGAGGACAACGACGUGACCUUCACUCAGCCGAGUACGUCACAGGUGCAGAGAGCGCUGGAGAAUUUCACAUCUGAUCAGGUUGACUACAAGACAGCUGAGGUGGUGCAGUAUUUCCUGGUCAAGCAGCAGAAGAAGAUUCCCGUCAGACGAGCAGAUCUGAUAAAAAAUGUGGUGAAGGAAUACAGGACCGUUUACCCCGAGAUCAUGAAGAGAGCGACGGAGAUGUUUGAGCAGGUUUUUGGUCUUAAACUGGUUGAAAUUGACACCAAAAAUCACGUCUACAUCCUCGUCAAUAAGUUGGAGGCGGUUGAUGGAUGCCCACAGAUCAGUCUCUCUAAUCCAAAGACGGCUCUGCUGUUCGUCGUCCUCGGUGUUAUUUUCAUGAAAGGAGGCGUCGUCAGAGAAGCUCUCAUCUGGAACAUUCUAAAGAAACUCCGUGUCGACCCUGGAGAGAAACACCCGGAGUUUGGAGACGUGAAGAAAGUGAUCACAGACGAGUUUGUUCGUCAAAGGUAUCUGGAGUUUGUGCGAAUCCCUCACACAGAUCCAAUUGAGCAUGAGUUACGCUGGGGUCAACGAGCCAACCUGGAAGUGUCAAAGGUCAAACUCCUGGAGUUCAUGGGUGAACUUCACGAUCAGCAGCCUCAGAGUUGGAGUCAACAGUACAGAGUCGCUCACUCAUCACAGCCAAGCAACAACAGUAACACAUGAUCCGUGUGUGUGUGUGUGUGUGUGUGUGUGUGUG